AUGCCAAACACCGCAAAAGAAGCCGUGGAACGGUACGAGGAAAUGUUCGAAGGCAAACGAAUCAUUUCUGAGCGAUUUGAUAUCCAGUGCUUCUUGUUUGACAAAACCAAGCCGGCUGAAGAAAAAGAUGGAAAAUGGGUGCAGCGGAAAGUUCUAAAAGUGUGCCAGUGA